CUCUUCUUGAACCUCACCUCUGUUCAUAUUCUCCCAUCAGUCACACGUAUUCGACCGCUCUUCUUCACCAGGGCGGUGUCAUUGUCGCCCACCCAUGGACACCUCCCAGCUCCUUUCUCAGAAAGUCCGACAAUAUAAUGGCGUCUCACGGUCGACCUCAACAGCCUCGACGGUCUCUAAAACAAGCUCUCAAGGAUCUUUUCCAUGGCAGGACCAAGAAGGCUUUCCAGCAGUCUCAGGCAUCCCAGCCCGUUGGUUCAGGAAUCUUGCGCAGAGGAGGCCCAACUCUCGGUAGCACUUCUUUGGCUUUGCAUAGUCAACAAUCCCUCUUUUCGGGCUUUUCAGAGAGCUGUGUCAGUGUCGAACAGAGCAUCGUUUCCCAUGCCAUUCCAAACAGAUUCAGUUCGCAUCAACAGAUCCAAUCAAGCACUAGUCGACCUCAUCAUGGAACGCUCCUGCCUGCGCGAAGUCUAAGUCAAUUUGAACUUCACAACUCAUAUCUACGAACCUCGACUGUUGCCUAUCACCAGGUACAGCACAAUUUGGCGGAGGUUCUUGAGUCACAUGAUCCGUACCAGGCAAGUGUGUCCGAGUUGACCAGUUUGUCCGCCUUUUCCAGCCUGUCGACUCUCAAGGUGCAAGAUUCCAGAAGACAAUUACGGCAGGGUGCGACUUUGCACCCUGUUCAAUCACCAUCACCGCAUCCAGACACCUCUUAUUCUUAUCGGGCAUCCGAAACCCGCCCUACUUUGUCGCAUCCUCAGUCUGGACGUGCGCCAGUCGAACCAAAGCAUGUCUCGUGGUUGAAGUCUCCGUCGGCGUCGGGCACUUCUGUUGCCUACUCAUCAACCACUUCGUCGUCGUCAUCAGCGUCAAUAUCUCGAAGCACAUCGACCGCGCCCGCAAGUCUGGCUGGGUCAAUGGGUGGGGGCCCGCUUGUAGAACAUUUCAAAUUGUUUUGCAUCCUCGACACUAUGACGCCGGGAUAUCCUGUGGUCAUGGCAUCUGAACAACUCAGAUAUAUCUUCAACAUUGGAGAACAAUUCUUCCUCAACAACCGUGAAUGCGAAGAAACAUCGAUGGACAUUGUCACGGGAGUUGAUGCCGCGGGUGAACCCGUCACCCACCUAGUUCUGUUUACACCGCUUGUCAUUCCCAGCAGUGGUCGCCAUAAAUUCCUCAUGGCGUGUCUGAUUGAUGUCACUCGGUUCAUCAACGAUGCCGCUUCACUGCCAGACCUGGAUGAUUCGUCGUAUCCAUCGUCAAUGGCCGAGACCGGGCCUCGGACACCAUCCCAACAGUACCAUUCGGUCUCGAGUUGGAUGGCAGGCGGCUAUAAACUCUCAUCGGAAGAUCUACUCGGUGGCUGCGUGCUCCCUGAAGACCAGAAAAGCUCAAGUCGUCCAUGGACAGUGUCUCGAGAUGAUGUGUGGCUCAAUCUAGCAUGUGAGGAAAGAAGUCGAACGUCCCCAAGCACAGAAUCUCCACAACGGACGAGAAGGCCAGCACUGCAGGAGGGCAUGGCGACACAUUCGUCGCAUUCAACAGGGGCCAGCACAUCCAUCGACGGGGUUCUGGAGGAAUUUAUGUUGGGUCUGCAAGAACUGUACUCGGACUUUUUCCUGCUGGGAAAGUCACCUUUGAGUGAAACUUACUACGAAAUCUGUAACAUAUCACCCACUCUUUACACGGCGCAAGAUUAUAUCCAAGGACAUCUAUCGCACACAGAUCCUUACACGAUGGACGAGCUGGGCACUCGUCUAGGUCUCGACCUUGCCUUUUCUCUCAAGGUCAAGUGGGGCAAGGCCGGAGAGCCAAAGCAGUUGUAUUGUAGCCCAUUAUAUGGUCAGCGAUCGGUCGCGUGGGUUUGUUUUCUUGUGGACGCUGCGAGUCCACCUCUCUGGUGAGGAGAUUGACAUAACGACGCCCAAGACAUGUGGACACCAGGAGGGCAAGGCCCGCGAUAAGGUCGAUGGUGUUGGUGGCAAAUUGGUCUUGUAGUGACCUAGGUAUCACGGCCGAAAGAUUGCCUAUACCACGGUGCCAUUGGCAGUGGUGAUCGACACGUCCAACAUGGUCGAGAGCGGCCUGAUGGCUUCUCGAGAGAUGUCGUGGGAGAGUCCAGGUUGGCAAUGCACAACGAAUGAUAGUUUAGGGCUUGCGACUGCGACGAUCAUAGAACGGCCGAGCUUCUCAGCGUUCUUGUAACGUCACCUGGGAUCAAUGUAAAC